AUGGCUAUACCGGACCUGUUGAUUCCAAUAUUCCUGUUUCCUCUGAGCCUGGUAGAGAUGCAAGUUGACAAUUGGCUUAUUAGUGAAAUCCUUUAUCAGACCUUAUGCAAGACAGGCUUUUUUCUUUUAACCGUUUCUGCGACAGUGUCGAUUCAGAGCCUGAUUCUAAUAAGAGUGGAUCGAUUUGGAGCUGUUGUGAAGCCAAUCCGCGGCUCCCCACUUAUCAGUAGAAGGUUGUGUCUUUUCUUCAUCGUCGUCACGUGGAUCGUCGCAGUAGCCGCAAACUUGCCUCACUUUUUUGCUUUCAAACGUGUUGAACACCCAGGGGGAAUGGUAAUGUGCGCGAUACAAAAAUCAUCGGCGAGUUACUACCUCCUAGCAUAUUUCAUUGCAUUUUUUUACAUCCCCUUUGUUUUGUUGAUCAUACUUUACGCUAUCAUCCUGAUCAAGCUUAAGCAACACGCCCAUCCUGGUGAACAGUCAGCCAUUGCUAAGGAAAUGCGGUCAAGACGAAACCGAAAAGUGCUUAAGAUGGCCAUUGUUGUCGUGUUUGUCUUUUUUCUUUGCUGGAUCCCCUACAUCACUAACCGGACAAUAUUACAUUUUGCACCGAACAGUUCCAUUUGGUUCUCUUGUAAUUUUUUGCUAUACGAUGUCUUUACCUCCUUCAUGGCUGCCGCAAACUGCGCCGUCAACCCGAUUAUUUGCCUCAUUUUCAGCAGUAAUUAUCGCCAAGGUCUUUUAAGAUUAAGCACAAAAAGUAACACAAAAAGUAACAAGUCUUUUAAAAAAGACUUGUUACUUUUUGUGCUUAAUUUCCGUGAAGUGCUUCUUAUAUGGGUAAAUAGAGUGAAUUCGUAUAACCCGUUUCUUAUAUGCUAA